ACGCCUCAAGCAGCCCUUCUGAUGGUUGAAUGAAUUGGUAAUAUCCGUGGGCACCAACACCUGGACGAAGUCAUACCGACAAUGAUCGCCUCGCAGCGUGCCGGCGCGCUUUCACCUCUGACGAUAUGUCUGGCCGUUCUCCUCCUCCUCGCCAGCACCGCCAGUGCUGCGGUACUUGGCAUUGACUUCGGUACUCUCAACAUCAAGGCGGCACUUGUGAAGCCUGGCAUACCUCUGGACAUCGUCUUGACAAAAGACUCGAAACGGAAAGAGACAGCGGCAUUGGCGUUCAAACCGACUCGAGACGAGAAGAAUAACAUUGUUGCAAAAGAAGGAAGCUUUCCGGAAAGAGCAUAUGGCGGGGAUGCAUUGGCUCUCCAGGGACGUAUGCCUGGCGAGGUGUUUCCCAAUCUGAAGCAAUUGCUUGGACUAUCUACCCAGCAAGCUGCGGAAAGGGUCGCAACAUACAAGCAACGGUAUCCUGCUGUUCAGGUUGAACAUGUCGAAUCCCUCGGGAGUAGUGUCUUUAAGAGCGCAGCGUUUCCUAGCGAGCACCCGCCAUACAGCGUGGAAGAGCUGAUCGGAAUGGAAUUGGCAAACAUCAAGCGGAACGCCGAACUGAUGGCAGGGAAGGGUACUCCUGUGAACGAUGCGGUCAUUACCAUACCGACAUUCUACACGGCGGACGAAAAGCGGGCCAUCGUUCACGCGGCAUAUUAUGCAGGCUUCAACGUCCUCGGUCUUAUAUCCGAUGGUCUGGCAGUCGGCUUGGAUUAUGCGAAGACUCGCACCUUUCCCGACAUCACAAAGGGCGAGUCGCCAGAAUACCACUUAGUUUACGAUAUGGGCGCUGGAUCCACGACAGCCAGUGUUCUCAGAUUCCAGAGUAAGAGUGUGAAGGACUACGGCAAGCACAACAAGACCGUCCAAGAGGUUACAGUCCAAGGUGUAGGCUACGAUAGAACCCUUGGAGGUGAUGCCUUGAAUCAUGUCAUAUUGGACGAUUUUGUGGCACAGCUUUUGGCCAAGUCCGAUGUGCAAAGUCGUGGGAUCACGGAGGCCGACAUCAGGUCGAACGGGCGUGCCAUGGCUCGCUUCUGGAAGGAGGCUGAAAGGGUGAGGCAAGUCCUCAGUGCGAACUCUGAGACUUCGGCCGGCUUUGAGGAGAUUCUGCCUGAUAUCGAUUUGCGAGUGAAGCUGAAUCGCUCAGACUUCGAGAAGAUGACAGCCGAGUACGCCGCUCGAGUGGCAACGCCACUGGAACGAGCAUUGGAGAUGGCUAAGCUGACAUCGAAAGAUCUCAAGUCUGUUAUUCUUCAUGGUGGAGCCAUUCGCACGCCGUUUGUCCAGAGUCGUCUCGAGGCCGUGGUUGAUGACAAAGCCAAGCUGAGAAGCAACGUCAAUCCAGACGAGUCUGCUGUGUUUGGAGCAGCGUUCAAGGCGGCAAGUCUGUCGCCUAGCUUCAAGGUGAAGGAGAUUCGGGACUCUGAAGCGGCCGUAUACCCCGCCAGCCUCGUCUACCAGGAUAAUGGAAAGGAAAGGAAGCAAGGGCUUUUCACCCCUACUUCACAAGCUGGCUCGGGAGCGACAGUGAAACAGGUCACCUUUAAGGAUCGUGAAGACUUCUCCUUUGGUUUCAUCCAGAAUGUCGAGGGCCUCGAUCGCCCGAUACUUAGCGUCAAGGUCGAUAAUCUGACAGCUUCGGUUGACGAGCUCAAGACCAAGUAUGGCUGUGAGAAGGAUGAUAUGGUCACCAGGUUCAGUGUCAAGCUGAACGCUAAUUUCGCUCUGCCCGACGUCCUCACUGGGAGUGUGGGCUGUGAAGUGGACGAUAGUGUCAAGAGUGGUAGUGUUGGAGAUUCUGUCAAGGGCUGGCUCGGACUUGGCAAGAAAAAGGAUCAAGAACCACUGACGGAUGACGAAGACGACUCACCAGUGGAGGAAGUCCACGCGACUGUCUCCUCGGCUUCUGGAUCAACUCAAGCAUCUAGCUCGACCUCUGCGUCAGCAGAAACUACCUCCAGCCCACCGAAGAAGCGAAUCGAAGUGGUGAUGCUGAAGUUCAGCACAUUACCACUGGGUAACGUACAGCCAGAAGCUGCACAGAUUCAACGACUGGUCGAGAGACUGAAGGAGUUUGACGCCUCCGACAGAGCUCGUACCGCGCGAGACGAGGCCCAGAACGUGCUGGAAAGCUACACCUACUCUGUGCGUGAUUUCCUAGAGAACGCGGACUUCGGUGCAGUAAGCACUGCGUCGCAGCGCGAGGCUAUUAGCACGCUUUUGCAAACUACCAAGGAUUGGAUGGAGUCAGGAGAGCCAGGCAAAGCUACGACAGAAAUAUUGAAAGAGAAGUACCAGGCUCUGAAGGACCUUGUUGACCCCAUCAAACUGCGUCGAACAGAACACACUCAACGAGUCACUCUGGUGCCUGCUCUACAGAAGAGCUUGGAAAAGGCGAAGAAGUCGAUCGCGAAAUAUCAGGACAAGAUCGAUAAAGCCAAAGCUGCGCUUACUGCUUCAAGCUCGAGCACGUCCAGUGAGACGCCUUCGGCAUCGAGCGACCUUGACGAUUUGGAAGAAGCGGAUACCAGCAGCAAAGCUGCACCCAAAGCGACUGACGAACCAUCUCCUCUCAUCAACUUGGACUUGACCAGUGUGCAGAGUAAAUAUGACGAGAUUUCGAGCUGGCUCGCCGAGAAGUUGGCUGCGCAGGAGAAGCUGAAGCCAUUCGACGACCCUGUGCUUCUUGUCAAAGACAUUGAAAGACGAUCGACGGAGCUCGGCGAUGCGGUGGCAGAUCUUGUGCGGCGGGCCUCGGUGAAGCCCGUGGUGAAGAAGCCACCGAAGCCGAAGGCAUCACCAAAGCCAAAGGCAUCCAAAAAGACGGGAAGCGAUGAAAGCACGCCCCAGGAGCCUCAACCAGCAGACACACCGGAGGCGGAAGGCGAGAAGCCGGUCAAAGGUGGAGAGAGCAUGGAAGACAUGGAGGAUUGGUUGAACAAGGCCAAGGAGAAGACGAAGGAUUCGGAAGUCCCACCUCGUGAUGAGUUGUAGUUGGUUGCAUAUAGCGAAAUAAAACGAAUAGAC